AUGGGCCACAGAUUACAAGGUGUAUUAACUCUACAAGAUGGCACGGAGCUCGCAGAGGAAUCAACGAUCCUUAAUCAUAGUGACGACCUCAUUUUUCAUCCAGUAUAUUCGCCAAAAACUCAUGCUUUAGUUUCUAUAGAAUCCGUCGAAAAACGAGAAAAUAUGGCAAAAUUUUCAAACCGCGGAAUUAAAGCUUCGGCAAAUGUUAAAGAAACCAUUAAUGAUCUUUUGAUAAAAUCCGGGUUUAUCAAAAGAAACUUUGAUACCAUAUUAGCUUUUCGAAACAUGUCAUGGAGUGGUAUUCAAGGAAUAGAAAAAAUAUCUUCUUCGUGCUUUAAAGGUAUAUUUACGGCCGAUCGCGUAAAUUCGUCCAGGAUUAAUCAAAGUAAUGAAACAGUUUCUACAAAUAGAGAUUUAUUCAAAAUUUCUGGGUUUUAUCCGGUUUUUGAAAUUAUAUCUGAGUUAACUUUACUUCAGCUUUCUAAUUCUUGGCUGAAAGCAGCGAACCAACUUGCUAAUGAUGUAAUUAAUUACAAUGUGCCACCUAUCGCUGUUAUUUGUGGACACCGAAACGUUGGAAAAUCGACAUUUUCUAGAUAUUUGCUCAACAAUCUGCUUAAUGUCUGUCCUAAAGUUGCAUAUAUUGAAAGUGACGUUGGACAAUCUGAAUUUACUCCACCAGGUUCCGUAUCUCUCAAUAUAUUGGAUUCCCCUAUUUUUGGACCUCCAUUUACUCACAUCCAACGGCCUUAUAGAUCUUAUUAUGUGGGCAACAAUACUCCUUGUGACGACCCUGAUUAUUAUUUGGGUUGUUUACGUGAAUUGGUAACUGUUUAUCGUCGAGAUAUCGCUUGUGGCCCGGAUUUUGGCAUGCAUGUAGAUGAUGAGAGGCAACGCGUCCCAUUGAUUUUAAAUACGCAUGGAUGGAUAAAAGGAAUGGGAUAUGAUCUUUUUCUUCAUAUACUUGGCUUUGCUAAGCCAACACAUUUAUUUCAAUUCUACUCGUCAAUUAACUCGUAUCAAAAUCUUCCACCACUUCCUACUUCCGUCCUGUCUCCCCCGAACGAAGACCCACCCGAAGUCGUAUUGGUUGAAGCAAUCGAUUCAUCUAAAAUUUCAACUAAAUAUACCGCUACGGAUCAUCGUACAUUAGCAUUGCUUUCUUAUUUUUAUUCUACACCUGCUAUGCUAUCUAAACAAGAAAAUACCAAAUGGUGGCAAUUUGAUAAGCCAUUGAUUCAUCAUUCUCCAUGGUGCUUGGACUGGACAAAAGGACUUGCAAAAGGUGUUUUCGUUUUCUUUGGUGAUGUUCCUUGGAGUCAACUUUUGUAUGCAUUAAAUGGUUCAGUAGUUGGUUUGGUUGGAGAAAUUCUAGAUGCGGACGGAAGUCGUGAAUUAGUUGAUCAAUCCGAACCGUCAAAAACAUCACAAGAAAAAGAAAUAAAUAUUGCAAAAUAUCCACCUCCCGCACCCUCUGAAUACUCAUUUUUGGGACUUGCUAUUAUACGAUCUAUAGAUCCAGCUGCGCACACCUUUCAUAUUCUAACGCCACUUUCGUAUGUAGAGGUAAAAAAAACAAGUCUUAUUGUGAAGGGGUCAUUGGAUUUUCCUACAUGUUUCAUGUUGGAUCAUACAAAUCAUAUUUCAACCGGUGUCUGUGGUGUGCCAUGGAAGAAAGUACCUUAUAUGAACUUUGAGGCUGGGGAGG